AUGCUCAGACUGUUUUCCGGAUCCCUGCUCAAACCGGGCCGGUUCUUCUCUCCUUUUAAAAGCGCAACGCCAUCAAUCAUGUCGCGCAUAUCACCACUUCCCACCGCAUUCUCGCAGCAAAGAUUCGUCACCAUCAACCAAAUCAAUAGAGGACAGGAGUUUAUUACCAAGAAGAAGAGAGGUUCCAAGGCCCCCGAUCUUCAAAGAAACCCAAUAAAAAAGGGCGUCAUCUUGAGAGUCAUGAUUCUCAAGCCAAAGAAACCAAACUCGGCCCAGAGAAAGGCUGCGAGAGUUAGACUUACCAACGGAAGAGUCGUGUCGGCAUAUAUUCCAGGUAUUGGACACAAUGCCCAGGAACACUCGGUGGUGUAUGUGCGAGGCGGUAGAGUGCAGGAUUUGCCUGGUGUUAAAUAUCACUUGAUCCGUGGAGCCAUGGACUUGGCUGGUGUUGCCAAUAGAAAGACGGCCAGAUCCAAAUACGGAGUGAAAAAGCCCUCGAAAGAAUGA